AGUGUGACGGAACUAUCGAAAUUCAAGUUGAAGCUUAAAUUUGAAUCCAGUCUUUCGUGCAAUUGCCUAGCAAUGUACGAAGAAGAUCUUUCUUUAACAGAGUUAGACUACGACGUGUUUUUGGAAUUGGAGCACGAAUUAAAUAAAGACUUUGCAUGGAGAACAGUAGCAAAGUACUUGGUAGAAAAUUCCUCAGCAAACAAUCUAUCAUCUACAUUUAGCGAUCGAUGGAUUCAUAGGCUAGAAACAAACAUUAGAGCAUCGCCAGCAAAAACUUUAUUAAUGGACUUGGAAAAUGGAUUUCAAGUUGGACAAUUAUGUAAAAUUCUUGAAGAUUGCAAACUGAAUGAUGCACUGUAUAUUCUUCACGGACCGGUUGACCUGGAAAUCAUUGAACAGCCAAAUGCAAAUGGACGAUCAUACAAACUUGCAAUAGGUGACACAUUAAAAAUUGUCUGUAAAGCAAGCGGCUUGCCAGUCCCAAAAUUCCAGUGGUUUCAUGGAAACAUUGAGUUGCAGAAUGAGAAAUCAAGCACUCUUAGCAUACUUAUAACUAAUUUUGAUCAGGAAGGUGAAUAUCGGUGCAAAGUUGAACAAUACACCAGGAACGGUAUGCUUCUCCGAGAAAAAUCUUCAGAACACGUCUCUCUUUCAAUAAAACCCAUUCCUCCAGAAAUAACAUUACAUCCGUUAUCUGCCGAAGUAAAGAUAAAUGAAGACCAUACCCUGAGUUGUCAGGUAAAACCUGACCCAACUCUGAAGUAUCAGUGGUAUAAGGAUAACGAGUUACUGAAGGAAAAGACGCAGAACACUUUACAGUUGAUUAAUUUUCAAUCCCAAAAUGAAGGAAAAUAUCGUUGUGUGGUAUCAAAUGGAUGCGGUUUGUCAACUCCUACAGCAUGGAGUACAUUAACGGUACAGCACCCAACCGAGAAAGCUUUGUAUAAAAUUGCAUUGCUCAUCGGUAACUGCCAGUAUGAAAGUCAUAAUAAAUUGUAUAAGCCUGUGGCUGACGUGGAAGAGAUAAAAAAACAGCUGAAAAAAAUAGACUUUCACGUUGAAUGCCUACGGGAUGCAACUUUAGCUGAGAUGAAAGAUGCCAUCAAAAAAUUCUCUAAAAAAUUGAAAGAGGGUGUAUAUGGGUUUUUCAUGUUUGCUGGUCAUGGGUUUGAGUUGCAUGAACCUUUCUUGAUGCCUAUUGAUACCCCUGAAUUAUACCUCACGAAAGACGCUAUUUCGAAAGAUGAAAUUUUGCAAUGUGCACUUGCCCGCAACCCUGCACUCCUAGUUGUUGUACUCGAUAUGUGCCUGACAACACCAGACAAAAAGUCAAACAAAGCUAUUUAUGACGAAAAACCUGAAAUAAUUAAAUACAAAUGCAAUGAUAAUCUGCUAGUAGCAUAUUCUACGUGUAAGUAUCAUAAAAGCUUUGAAUCAAAGAAAACACCCUUGGGAAUUUAUACGACAGAGUUGACGAAACACAUUACUGAGAGGAUACCAGUUAAAGUAUUGUUUGAUCGAGUUCGAUCAUCUGUUCGUCAGUACAACCGUAAACAGACCAACGAGCAAAUGCCAGCGGUGGAGUGCGUUUUGUCAAAACGAUAUUGUUUAACAGAUCCAGUGAUAACAACCCGUUUCCAACAUGUGUUAAAUCUAAAAUAAGUAAUAUCUCCCUAAUCGUUUCACU